AUGACGAGCGACUCUCAGGGGAUCCUCCGUGCAGCAUCAACGUUCUUCGCGGAUAUCUUCGGAAGGGACCGUUGUCAACUGGAGGAGAAAUGGUGCCCUGAUAAAGACAAGACACCGAGGUCGUGGGAGGUGGAAGAGUUGUCACCGGACUGGACAAGAGGAGGUGAAUUAAGCUUUUGGUGCAAUGGUGGCAAACAAAUCUCCGGGGAAAGACGGCUUACCGAAGGAGCUGUUCGAAGCUCGCUGGGAGCUGCUGGGGAAGAGGUUCAUGACUCUUGCCAAGGAUUUUGCGGCGUCUGUGGUGCUUUGAACGGAAGUGAAAAGAGUGACAAGGAUCAGCUUAACAACUACCGUCCUAUUACACUGCUCAACUUCACCUAUAAAGUGCUGGCGCGGGCAGACAGAAUGAAGAAGUUCUUAGGAAGGGUGAUAUCGCUGGAGCAAUAUGGUUUCUUACCGGGGAGACGAUUGACGGAUGCGAUGGGACUUGUUGUCGUCGAUAUCAUCGACACUGCACGAAAUGACAACAAGGAUUGGUUCCUCUUACUCGUGGACUUCAGAAGGCCUUUGAAUUGGUUUCACGCGGCUACCUGCUUUCGACAAUGA